AUGGCAGGCUACGAGGCGCCGUGGCGCUCUACAUUUCUCUCACACAUCCAGCAGGCAGGCAGUCCGACAUUCACUCUGAGCACGCUCCAUCCUCUCGAUGGGAAUCAGUUUGUGCCCAGAGCCAGGACUGUCGUCUUCCGAGGCAUGUGGGCUUCCUUACCGGACAACCCUAGAAACCCGGCGCCACUCAACCCCGCCGUCUACACCAGCGACUUGCCCGCCAUCACGACGGACGUACGCAUGGAAAAGGUUCCCGAGUUGAUUGGCAGCAGCCACGAACCCUCCACAUCGUCAGAGGCUCAGUCUGCUAUUGGAGGCCCGGUCGAGGCCGUCUUUUGGAUGGAAAAGGCCAGCACGCAAUGGCGGUUCCGCGGCCGUGCCUAUGUGAUUGGUCCGGAUAUCGAGUCGGAUGCAGCCGCACCUGUUCGAGCUGCUCUGCAGCCCUGGAUGAGGGCUGUGGAUGAAGAGCAGAAAGGUGCAUGGAGUUGGAGCAGAGAACUCACCGCAAGUUUUGGAAACUUGAGUCCUCUGAUGAGAGGCUCAUUCCGAAACCCACUGCCCGGCACUCCUCUAACACAGAAGCCUGAGCCAGGCCUGGAGCUGGGACAAGAGGUCAACGAUGUAAACGAUGAGCUGGCACGGAGGAACUUUCGAGUGUUGGUCAUCAUGCCAGAGGAGAUUGAUCAAAUAGAGUUGUCAGACCCGAAGAGAGGUCGAAGAUGGAGUCACAAGGUUGAAGUGUCAGAGUCUGGGAUUUCGUGGAAGACAACAGAGCUGUGGCCAGAAAUGACGAGAGGACCACAUCCGCACAAGGCGUUUGCACUGGAUCCAACCCAAAGGCAGAUCACACUGGACUACAGAGGCUCUAUAAAAUCAAACGGCCUCCGCGGAAACCCUCAACUGGCAUACACACGACAUCCAGGGCCGGAUGUCGGCUCGGCUAAGUGUGGCUAUGGUGACGGUGUACUCCGCAACCGCCGUGCUAGCGACACAGCUAUGACACUCCUCACGAUCCUGAUCAAACGAGAGCUCUCUGCACCAUCCGGUGGCCCUGUGGAGCCAGGCAGAGAUGACACCUCGUAUAAGCUCCUGAGUAAGGGUGCUGCGCGCCACGCCAGAUCGGUCUUGGGAAGAAGCUUCUUGAACCUGGCAGCUGCAUCUGGCAGCAGUCGAGAACGCGGAUCACGAAGCGAGCAGGGAGGAUGGCGAGGCCAGGCAAUAGCCUAUCUGCUAUUCGCAUCGGCGCCGCAUCGAAUCGCAUCACAUCGCAUCGUGUCCAAAGCAGGCCAUUUUGGCGUCUGGCUUGCCGCCACCUGUUUAGCUCAGGUGAACGCGUUACUUUGGGCCGCUUGA